AGGGGGAGUAAUCCAAUAAAGAGGAGCACAGGAGUCGCUCCUCCAUCUCUCUCUCAAGAACCAAAGACACACACAACAGCGUAUCACAGGACAGGAAUCGUUUGAAUCCGAGAUGGCAGAACGCUACGACUGUCACUACUGCAAGGAGUCUUUGUUUGGGAAGAAGUAUGUUCUGCGUGAUGAAAAUCCGUACUGUGUGAAGUGCUAUGAGAGCCUCUACUCCAACACCUGCGAGGAGUGCAAGAAACCCAUUGGCUGCAACAGCAGAGAUCUGUCUUAUAAGGACCGUCACUGGCACGAUGACUGCUUCCACUGCUUCAGAUGCCACCGUUCUUUGGUGGACAAGCCGUUCUCCACCAAGGACGAGCAACUACUGUGUACUGAGUGUUACUCCAAUGAGUAUUCCUCCAAAUGUUUUGAGUGCAAGAAGACAAUCAUGCCAGGCUCUAGGAAGAUGGAGCAUAAGGGCAACAGCUGGCACGAGACCUGCUUUUCCUGCCAGCGCUGUCAGCAGCCUAUCGGAACCAAGAGCUUCAUUCCUAAGGACAACAGUAACUACUGCGUUCCUUGCUAUGAGAAACAGUUUGCACUGCAGUGUGUGCAAUGCAAGAAGCCGAUCACCACUGGAGGCGUGACCUACCAUGACCAGCCAUGGCAUAAGGACUGCUUCUUGUGUACUGGCUGUAAGCAGCAGCUGUCUGGCCAGCGCUUCACCUCUCGUGAUGACUUUCCCUAUUGCCUCAACUGCUUCUGCAAUCUGUACGCCAAGAAGUGUGCUGCCUGCACCACCCCUAUAAGCGGUCUGGGAGGCAGCAAGUACAUCUCCUUUGAAGAGAGACAGUGGCACAAUGACUGCUUCAACUGCAAGAAGUGUCUGGUGUCCCUGGUGGGCCGCGGCUUUCUGACGGAGAGAGACGACAUCCUGUGUCCUGACUGUGGCAAAGACAUCUGAUCACGCAGCACUGCAGUUCCUAACAUUUUAUUUUAUUAAACGGCUUUUAUUCUUAGAGGUCAAUUACAAAGCUUUUAUUAAAGGUAAUAUAUAUGUCUAAUAAAAAUUCUCUUUAGAUAAUGAACUUUAAAAGAGCCUGUGCAUGCCGAGGCCAAUUAAUAUAAUAUUGUGUCAUAAAUCUGUGGUCAUUAGCCAAAGCAAAAGAAACAUAUUCAGUGUGAAAAUAAUUUUUACUUUAGAUAUACAGACAUAAAUCACGCGGAAUGUUACAUUGUUCGUAGUAUUUCCUUUUGCAGAAUUUUACCUUUUUGUGACUAACGUUUGCUUUUGACUCAUCAGUCAAUAUAUAUAUAUAAAUAAUACAACAUUUAUAGCCUGUGUGAAGAAUUUGCUGGAGCUAAUAAACUUCUUGAAAAGA